AUGGCCUCAGGUAUCGAAAGCCUGCCCUGUGAGCUUCAGAGGAACUUUCAGCUGAUGCGGGAGCUGGACCAGAGGACCGAAGAUAAGAAGGCAGAGAUCGACCUGCUGGCAGCCGAGUACCUUUCCCGGGUGAAGGCCCUCUCCCCCGACCAGCGCGUGGAGCACCUGCACAGGAUCCAGAGUGCCUACAGCAAGUGCCGCGAGUACAGUGACGACAAGGUGCAGCUGGCUAUGCAGACCUACGAGAUGGUGGACAAGCAUAUCCGCAGGCUGGAUGCGGACCUGGCGCGCUUUGAGGCCGACCUCAAGGACAAGCUGGGGGGCAGCGACUUGGAGGGUUCUGCAGGCCGAGCCUUAAAAAAGGGGCGCAGCCAGAAGGAGAAGCGGGGUUCCCGUGGGCGGGGCAGGAGGACGUCCGAAGAGGACACGCCGAAGAAGAAGAAACAUAAAGGCGGGUCUGAGUUUGCUGACACCGUUCUAUCUGUGCACCCCUCGGACGUGCUGGACAUGCCCGUGGACCCCAAUGAGCCCACCUACUGCCUGUGCCACCAGGUGUCCUAUGGAGAGAUGAUCGGCUGUGACAACCCCGACUGCCCUAUUGAGUGGUUCCACUUUGCCUGCGUGGAUCUGACCACCAAGCCCAAAGGAAAAUGGUUCUGCCCGCGGUGUGUGCAGGAGAAGCGGAAGAAGAAGUGAGGUCGGGGCAGGUCCUGGUCGGUGGAGAGCAGCUGCUCUUCCCUCCUCUCCUGUGACAACAUUUCCCCUCAUCUGGAAGCCACCUUGUUCCCACUGGUCCCUAAGAAUUCAGUGGCCUGGAGGACACGCAGGGAGCCAGCGGAGACCUGUUUGUAUGUAGCUGCACUGUGGCCCAUGUGCUGCUGAGGGCCUCUGGACCUUCCAGAACUGCCAGGACUCCCCUCCCUCUCUGACAUGCAUGCAGUGGGCGUGCCUGCCUCCUGGCUUUGCAACACAGACUGCAGACCCCUGUCUCUGGGGCCCAGUCCCACUUUGUCCCUGGGCUGUCCCUGGGGCUGUGCCUGGGAUCCGGGACACUUCUGCUGUGGAGAGAAAUGACUGUGUGAGGAGGCUGCCCCAGUGGCCGGGACCUGCAGCAUUCGGCCUGGGAUCAGUUGGCUGUGUGUUCAUGGUGAAGCAGCGGCUUCCACCCGGGGGCCUCUCUUGACAGGCCCUAGGGGCUCGGCCGGACCUCGCGGCCUGCAGCUUCUCUCUGAGGAACCCAGAGAUGCCACACGGAGAUGCAUACCAGGAGAGGCUGCGUCCUCCCAAAGAGUGCUGUGCCCUGGCCACAGGGAGGCCAUGUCCCAGGAGGGGACAGUGGGCCAUUGGCUCCCAGAACCUGGAGACAGCCCUGAUCUCUGCCGAUGUAGAAGCAGGGGUGGAGUUGAGGGCAGACAGGUGGGCACCUCCCCAGCUGAGCGGCUGUGGUUGAGGGAGUGGGUCCCCAGGAGCCCUCUGCCUCGGGAGAACAGGGUUAUGCUGGCCGGUUCCAGGCCGAUGGAGCCAGCACCCUGUGGAUUGAUGGCCUGCUGGCGGGAGUUGCCAGCAUCCUGACCUAGGCUGUGUCCACAGGUGUGGCCUCCCCUUUGCCCCUGUGUGUGGAGGGCAGGUGAGCACAGUAGGUUUUCGUAGGACGAUGCCUGGUGCUCUCUUAGAAGCUAAGUGCUGUUUGUGCUUCCUCUGAGCUGAUGGACAGCUCGCCCACCCACUGGAGACCCUCGGUUGUGGACUCUGCCUAGUGGUCCUGCACACCCUGUGUGGACAACCCCACCCCCCCCCCACCCACCCCCGUGGCUCGUGUACUGACGUUUUGUGGUUCUGUUUCUGUAAUGUUGACUUUGCCAGUUAGAAUAAUAUCACUGAACAAUACACAUCUCACUUUGGAGAAGCAUAGAGAAGCGGAAGGGAGGUGCAACUCCCUAGAACAUUCUACUGCCCGAGUGCAUGCCUUUCCGGGUGUUCAACUGUUGCAGAGUGAGUGACGGAGCGUGUUCUGUGAGGCCACUGCCCAGGGGUCGCCUGGCCUGGGACUCUGCAGAGGCUGAGGGGCAGAUGCGCUGGUCCCACAGAGGCUCUGGUGCUGCCUCAGCCAAAGGUUCCUGUGAGCAAGGAAUGGGUGCUGAGACAGAACUUCCUGGCGUCGGCACUGCGAGGCCCUGGGACCCAAGGGUCUGCCAGCAGGAGGAAGUGCACAGCCCAGAGCUAUGGCUGACUGUCCCCAGCAGGCCCUGGGCCAGGUCACAGGAGGCUUCUGGGUAGACAGAGAGGAAAGCAGCCUAGCACUGCCCCUGGAGGCCCAGCCCCCACUCCCCUCUUCAGCAGUAAGGUGUCUGCACAGCAGCCUCUGUGGGCAAAGAGGUGGGGGUGCUGGGGGUCAGGCCAUGCUCAGUCCUGGGCACUGGAGAGGGCCUUCCUGGAUGUCCGUGCACAGUGCUGGUCUCUGGCUGGUGCUGAG